AUGGUCGAGGAGAUGCUCAUUGCUAGAGUUCACGUACACGUGAAAGUCCUGCAGGUGCGUGGCGCUCAGUAUAAAUAUCGCGGUCACGUUGUCCACUUCCUUCGCAAUGUUGGCAGGCUUUUUGAAGAGCUCCCAGUCCUACCUGAAGAGCUAGAUAUCAUCCUCCUGCGGCCUCCUAAUAUAGAGGGCGACCCUCGCUUCCGGCAACAGUUUGCUCGCGAUUUCCGGAAUCGCCUGCAACGGAUUCCUCUUGAUGGCAGCAUAGUUGCUUCCAUUGCCAGCCAAGUGGCUGACAUACCUGACGGCGAAGUCCCCCAGGGCCCCGUUGAGGAGGUUGUGGAAGAGGACCCAAGCGAUGCCGAUGCAUCAGCGAUCCCGAAUUUGCAGGUCACUGAUACCGAAUUGAAUGCUCUGCACGCGCAGGCUCACCACCAGAUGCCACUGCCUUCCAUUCGCAGGACCCCUAUCGACGAAUUCAACCGUUCUCAGCCGCUUUUAUCGCUUGCGUUCCCUACCCUCUACCCCGACGGCAAGGCCGACUUCGUGGAGCCUCGCCUACGGAGCAUCACGUACCAGGACUACCUUGCCCACGCGAUGAGAUGGCAUGACGGACGUUUUGCCCGCCAUAAGACGUGGCCUUUCGUCGCCCUCAACACGAUGUUACGUGCGCAGGUCCGAAAGAGAAGUGACUACUUCGUCAAGCAACGCGACAGCCGCCGUCAACCCCUUACACGCGCCGACCUAGAGGAAGCGAUGGCUGGGCCUGACGAGCCGGAGGCUCAGGCGCUGAUCCAGUCAAUCACGCGCCAAGCCGCGGUAAUCAGGGGCACCCGGCCAUAUUGGUAUAAGCAAAGGAAGGAAUUGGAAGCAUACGCCUAUAAUUUAGGCAAGCCUGGCCUUUUCGCUACUGCAAGUGCAGCCGAUUACCACUGGGAAUCCCUAUACCGUCAUAUGCCUCGAUUUGACGAGUGGCAAGCAGCUCCUGAGGCGGCGCGGAUGGCUCUAUCCCGGCAACUGCUACGAGACAACGCCCAUAUUGCUGCUUACCACUUCUAUAAACGUUAUACGCUGUUUAGGACUAUUGUCCUGAAGCAGAAGUUCAACCUAACGGACUCUUGGGGCCGCUACGAGUGGGGCGAGCGGAACGAUGGCCAGAUUAACCAUUACAACCGCUUGCUUACCGUUGCGUGGCUAGCCAAUACAGACGUUUCACCCUGCACGAGUCUACAGCAGGUAAUCGAUUACGCGGCCAAAUACUGCUCAAAGUCGGAAAAGAAGAUUGCUGAGCGGGAUUACUCGAAGCAGGAGGUCAGCCACUUGCUCCUCGGCCUGCCGUUACAGGAAGGCUCACGAACCUGCCUAGGCCCCAACGUUUACGAAAAGUACACUCAACGCCCGGAAGCCCUAGCGGACCUAUGCUAUGUCUCCUUCCUCAAGUGCUGGAAUUUCCGUCCUAGGGACCCUUCCAAGUGGAAGCAAUGGCAGCCAGGCAACGUUAACGGCAGGCCUCGUGUCACCACAGUCAUGGUGAUGACCAUUACGGUCGGCCAAAAGAGGCUCGAUUACAGCCCCAAGAUGAUCAAUAUGAGGCUCUGCCUGUGGAGGAAGAAUUUGACGACGAAGACUGGAUUCGCCUCGCCGCCCUUUUACCUGGGAACCCCCUUACCCAGGAAGAUCUUGACCUUCUUGGCCGCCGCGAUAUCGACGUCAAUUACGACUGGACACGGCAUCCACCCCAUGGCCAACGAUGUGGAGGUCCUUGGCCCUCACUGGCGUAAUACGCUGAAUCCGCAACAACGACUCGUGUACGACACGUUCAUGGGUCACUUCCAGGCGCAAAAUCCUACUCAAAUCCUUCUCCACGUUGAUGGUGGUGGUGGCACCGGCAAGUCGUUCCUUAUCAAGUCCCGCCUACGGCACGUCAAAUACCUCGUGAUCGAUGAAAAGAGCAUGCUGGGGAUUGAGCAGCUCGCGCGGAUCGAUUCCCGUCUGCGACAGGCCUUUUCACAGCGUAGCCUCGAGUUCUUUGGUGGUAUGAGCGUCUUGCUUGUGGGCGAUUUCUUCCAGUUACCACCAGUCCGGCAAAAGCCCCUGUAUUCGACUAGCACCAGCCUGUCUGCGUUGGAAAGGAGAGGGCAUGUGGCCUACCGGUUAUUUGACCGCACCAUCUUCCUGACCACGGUACAGCGCCAGGCUGGUGAUGAUCAGGCCCGGUUCCGUCAGGCGUUGCAGGAACUGCGUGAAGUCAAGUUAUCCAUACCGUCCUGGAACCUCCUUAGCAGUCGGGUACAGGCCAGGCUAACGCAGAGCGAGGUUGACAGCUUCAAGGCCGCUUUGCGGGUGUAUUCUACAAGGGCGCGGGUGGAGGCAAAGAAUCAGGGCAAGGGCGCGGGGCGGGCACCAAGCGACAAUGCUGGCAAUCUAUCUAACAAGUUCCCCAUUGCUAAGGGCGCCAGGGGUACUGUAUACGAUAUCGCCUGGAACGCAGGCGCCGAGCCAUUGGAAGAUCCCCCGGCCGUUAUUAUGGUGGACUUUGAUAGCUACGACGGACCGCCAUAUCUAACAACUAACGAGGGCAGGAAAAUCUCACCCAUCCUCCCAGUCAGGCGAGACUUCCUUGUGGGCAACGAGACCUGCGCUCGCACGCAGUUUCCCCUCAUGGUGGCGUUUGCCAUCACUGUUCACAAAUGCCAGAGCCUAACGAAGGAUCAAAUAGUUACUGAUCUCGCUACACGCGACUUCCAGGCCGGGAUUAGCUAUGUUGCUGUCUCACGGGUUACGUCGCUGCAAGGCUUACUCCUCGAGGCGCCUUUCGAUCGUCAGAGCCUCUAUAACCACACGCCGACGGAAGGGAUGAAGAUGCGCCUCGCUGACCAACAACGGCGUCAGGGUCAACAGCUGACCGACGCACCAUAUACACCACGCUACCUUGACUAA